AUGACUCAACAACAAACCAUCAAAGAACUCAUAAAUCACUUAGAACAACAACAACAACAAAUCAAAGAACUGCAAGAUGCUGUUAAGACGCUCACACAAACAGUACAGCAAUUAAUUGAAGUUACAAAACCAACUCAUAUUCUAAAAAGAUUUGAAUCAGUUAUUCAACACUGGUACAUCCCAGACAGCAAGACCAACACUCUCAAUUUAGUCAUUCAAAAUGCCGAAACUCAACAACAAAUACUAAAGAAACUUAAUUCACCAGCCAUGACAGAUAAAACACAAACAAAAUAUUUCGCUUCACCAAUGAUUUUUACAUCAUCUCCACAGAAUUGA